CGCAUGUGCAGAAAGCAGCCGCGGGAGCCGGCGCGCCGGCGGUAUCACUUUUUCUUGUCUCUGGACCUCAGAUGGGAUGUGCAUAUUUAGGUGACUAACUACAGGAACAUCAAAAUGCCCAAUCUUGAACAUCCAGCGUACCCAGCAGCUACACUGCUUCACUUGGAAAGUUUGGUGCCUUGUCGAGAAUCCCAAGUGUCCAUGUUGCUGUCAAUAUUUGGAGAGCGUCAGCAGUUUAGUUUUCCAUCCAUCUUUAUCUAUGGACAUACAUCUAGUGGAAAGACCUAUGUGAUGCAAACUCUUCUAAACACCUUACAGCUUCCUCAUGUGUUUGUGAACUGCGUGGAAUACUUUACUUCACGUCUUCUUUUAGAAGAAAUUCUCAUGCAGUUGCAAAGCUGCUGUUCUGAGAGAGAACAGACUUCUCAUGUGCAUUGUGAUACUUUCAAUGACUUUGUACGUCUGUUUAAACAAGCUGUUGUGAGUCGAGAGCUUGAAGAUCAAACAUUAUACAUUGUACUGGAUAGAGCAGAGCAACUGAGAGAAAUGGAAGCAAACAUCCUGCCAGCAUUUCUUAGGCUUCAAGAGUUGACAGACAGAAAUGUGACAGUUGUCCUGCUCAGUGAAAUAGUAUGGGAACUGUUCCGUCCAAGUAUUGGAUGCUUUGAGCCAUUCACCUUGUAUUUUCCUGAUUACAGCAUAGGACACCUGCAGAAAAUCUUGUCUCAGAAUCAUCCCCCCGAAUAUUCUGCGGAUUUCUAUGCUGCGUAUAUCAAUAUUCUGCUUGGUGUAUUCUACAUGGUCUGUAGGGACUUGAAAGAACUUCAGCAUUUGGCAGCACUCAAUUUUUCUAAAUACUGUGAGCCAGUGGUCAGAGGAGAAGCAAAUGAACGUGACACCCGCAAACUCUGGAAAAAUAUCGAACCUCAUUUGAAGAAGGCAAUGCACACUGUUUAUCUCCGGGAAAUAUCCAGCUCACAGUGGGAGAGCUUACAGCGUGAUGAUGGAGAACCAGGGCAGUUGAAAGGACUCUCUGCACAUACGCAUGUGGAACUUCCGUAUUACUCCAAAUUUCUUUUAAUAGCUGCUUACCUUGCCUCCUACAAUCCUGUUAGGACAGAUAAGAGGUUCUUUCUUAAGCAUCAUGGGAAAAUUAGAAAGACCAACUUUAUGAAAAAACAUGAAAAGACCAGCAAUCACCUCCUUGGGCCAAAGCCAUUUCCCCUGGACAGAUUGUUAGCAAUACUAUAUAGUAUUGUGGAUAACAGAGUUGCUCCAACUGCAAAUAUAUUUUCCCAGAUCACCUCUCUUGUGACUCUGCAGCUGUUAUCCAUGGUUGGCCAUAAUGACCAGCUUGAUGGACCACGAUAUAAAUGUACUGUAUCUCUGGACUUCAUCAGAGCUAUUGCCCGCCCACAGUCUUUCUUAAAUCUUUAAGGAGGAAGAUCCAUAAAGAUGCAAGGCUUUAUGAACCCAUGGUAAAUGAACUUCCUCAUUGUCUUGAUGGGGCUAGCUACAGGGCAGAGACAUGAUCUUCUGUGCUUUAAGAAAUUUCAUUUUCUACAUGUGCACUAGUCUUGCAGCUGCCUGUAGUUUUUAACCACUUGUGGGAAAAGUUAUAUUUAUUGCGGAGAAGAAACUACUUUGCCAUUUCAACCAAAUUACACAUGAAAUAAGCAGCCUAUGUCCUGAUUAUUUUUUCUUUGUUACUGUAAUAGUACUAAAAUAAGUUUGUUAGUCCCUAAAAUCUUCAGAUAUCUCAGCCUUGUUACUUGAGCAUAUUUCCUAAUAGAAAGCUGAGAGUGCAAAGAGUGGGACAGAAAAUGAUGCUUUCUCUCUCCCCUCCCCAAUACUGUUCAGGGUGUUCAGAUUGUCAUUUCAUUUUCUGUAUUUUUUUUAAGCAAAAGUGAAGUUUGCAUUUAAAAAAAAAAAUGCAAAAGCCACCUGUUUUUGGGAAAGACUUAAAAAACGUGUGUCUCUUCCUGGUGGUUUUUAGUGUCAUAACUGCUGGCCAUGCACAGUCUCUUUAGUAUUGCAGAACCUCAUGUCUGGCUUUGUUCUGUUGCAUACAUUCAGUCUUUCCAGAGUUAUUACUAUGCUUUUUACCACAUAGUAUUUACAUGUUUAGCUGAAGAUAAGGUUAGACGUUUCUUUGUUAGAAAUCUUUGAUUUAUCUUUUAAGAAUUGCAGACCCAAUUCAUAAAUUUUCUGUAGCUGAAGUAGGGAUCUCUUAAUGUUUCCUGAAUGUAACAGGUCUUUUCAUACAGUCUCUAAUGAACUCAGUUGUUAUGACAGGAUGAUUGUGUUUCAUUUAGUUGAUAAGGUCAGCAGUUGUUGGAGUGUGUGAUUUUGUUUCUGUUGAAAGCUUUAGUUACAAGACUAAAGCACUUUUCUUGAGUGACACAACGUCAUAUGGAUAACAAUAGCAGUUAAUAUCUUUAAUUUUUUAAGUGGUUAUUAAGUAGACUCAAGCACAAUAUUUCUUGUUAUGUAUCCUGGGAUUUCUGAACUUUUUCUCUGCCCAAUAUGAAGUUUUAUAGAAACUUUUCAAAAAGUGGGUUACAGAUGAUGUGUGAACAGAGAAUAUUAAAUGAUUGUAGUCUAACAAAUUAGACAUUCAGUCUCCCUUAUCAUUGUGAGCAGUUAUUUUUGCAUCAUUGAAUACUUUAAAAAAACCCUCAACUUUUAUACUUGUCAUUAUAUGCAGUAAUUUGUGUUAUUUAUUCAAACAGUAAACCCCGAAGUCUGAGUGUUAGAUUGUAUAGUGGAAUACGUUUAGAGACAAAAAAAAUAAUUAUAUGUUUUAUUCUACUGCUCUUUCAUUCUGCCUGCCAUUAAAGUACAAAAGUAUACAUUAAAAUCUUCUAUCCCAUUGAGUGGCAUUCUUGGAUUUUUCAAAUUUAGCUAUGAACAUGGGUCAACUAGUGUCAAAACUGAAAGAAUGCAGACUACAAAUGAGUACAGAUGAAGGAGUUACAUAGUACAUGCUAAAACAGGUGGUUUGGAAGAUGAACAAAACAUUCAAUAGCAUAAAAGAUUGCUGUUUUGCAUCACCAACUAGAGUGUAUCAUGUUUACCAUAUGAAAAUAUGAUCUUAUUAUCUUUGAUAUAUUUUUACUGCUUAAUGAUCAAAAUAAGGAUCUUCCAGUUUUUAGUAGAAAGCUGCUUUAUUUCUUUUUUAGACUUACAAAGUUUAAAUAAUCAGAAGACAGGUACUGUAAAUAACACUAGAAGUUAAAAAUUCAUUCUUCCUCGAUUACAUUUCUUUUGGGGAUAUAGCUUGAUUUUGAUUGUGCAGAAUGUCCCACAUGUGCUGUCUCCAAACAGGUUAAAGUCUUA